ACUGGGCCUGGCUGCACGCUCGGAGCGGUAGUAAAAGGCUAAAAGCUCUGCGUUGCGUUGAUCCUUGAUCGUCACGCGAACCAUCUCUUCCCCCUCCGUUUCUUCUCUUGCCUCCUGCUAGAUCUGCAAUUCCAUUCCUAAACCAUUUAAGGAUCCGAUAUAUUUCUUUUCUUCUACUUUCUUCCCCCUUUUCAACUUUUUGGAUUUGCCUUCAGCCAAUCGAUCGAUCCGGAUCUCUGUUUUUGAGGGUCCCGUUUGCGAUUUUCGAGGCGGUCUCUGUUUUGUUCGGUAUACAUAUGAAGCAUUUUCUAGGGUUUUGAAUUCGUUAUAGUAUGUGAUCGGAAAUGGGGUCCGGAAUGCCUGCCGUGUCCCCUUCGUCCUCUUCCGCUCUCUCUGCAGAUAUUGCUGAUAUUACCAUCUCAAAACUUCGGGAGAGGCAUCAGGUGGAACUAGAAAAUUUGACCUUAACUACCCAACCAUUCAAGACUUCUAAGCUUUUUGUAUUGGCUACUGCUCAAUAUCUUAAGAAGCCAAUAUUAUAUAUUCUGACAAGAGGUGGUUGGCCUUUUCUUUUGGGUUCUUUGGUAGUGGCUACUGGAUUUCUUCUUAUUACCUUUGAUGGUCCUCAUGAAAAGCAUGCUCAGGAAUUUCUUCAUUACUUCCAAUUUGGUUUGUGGUGGGUAGCCCUUGGUGUGGCAUCAUCAAUUGGUUUAGGAUCUGGUUUGCACACAUUUGUGCUGUAUCUGGGCCCACAUAUUGCACUAUUUACGAUAAAAGCCAUGCGCUGUGGCCGAGUUGAUUUGAAAUAUGCUCCCUAUGAUACAAUUCAAUUGAACAGGGAACCUUCAUGGCUUGAGAAGGAUUGCUCAGAAUAUGGGCCUCCAGUCUUUACAUCUUCACAUGGUUCAAGGGUUCCACUGGGCAGCAUACUACCACAAGUUCAGUUGGAGGCUAUUUUGUGGGGCAUUGGAACUGCACUUGGAGAACUUCCUCCUUAUUUUAUCUCAAGGGCAGCAAGUAUGUCAGGAAGCAAAUUGGAUGCCGUGGAAGAACUUGAGACCUUGCCAAGUGAGGACGACAGCAUCAUAUCUAGUCACCUGAAGCAAAUCAAACGCUGGCUCCUUUCACACUCCCAGCAUCUGAACUUCCUUACGAUUUUAGUACUUGCUUCGGUGCCAAACCCACUAUUUGACCUUGCUGGAAUUAUGUGUGGCCAAUUUGGGAUCCCCGUUUGGAAGUUCUUUCUUGCAACAUUGACUGGAAAGGCAAUUAUCAAGACCCACAUACAGACAGUUUUUGUCAUCUCGGUUUGCAAUAAUCAACUUCUUGAAUGGAUAGAAAAUGAGUUGAUUUGGGUUCUUGGCCAUGUCCCUGGUCUCUCAUUUAUCCUUCCCAGCAUUGUUGCUAAGCUGCAUUCAGUCAAAGAGAAGUACAUAACUCCCCCACCUCCAGUGCACUCUACUGUCAAGGUGAAGAAGUGGAAUCUGUCAUUUGCAUCAAUCUGGAACACUGUAGUGUGGUUCAUGCUUCUCAACUUCUUUGUCAAAAUUGUAACAGCAACGGCACAGAAAUUUUGUAAGAAACAGCAAGAAAAAGAAUUGGCUGCAUUAACUGACCAGUUAUCAAAAUCAAGACAUUUAAAUGGAGAGAGUGGCCGAGUAUCAAAUUGAGCUCAUGAAACCCCAUUGGUUCCAUUGGUGUUUUUGUUUCCAGCAAUUGUAGUUGAUGGCAGUUAAAUUUAAAAUCUGUCAUCAUUAAAGCCACCCCAAGCUUUAACUCAGUCUGCAUCAAAGGUUCCCUGUUAGAAGUAUGUACAAAAAAUAAACAUAUGCGGAAAUAGGAAGGAGUUACGGGAUUAUUUAUUUUGUGAUAUGGGAAGCAGCACGUUGAAGGUGGUGUGGUAGCAUUAUUUGUACUGUUGGAAUUGGAAUUGGGAACUUGGGAGGAGUAUUAUACUCCUCGGGCGAUGAUGAUGCAUGCAACACGCCAACGGCCAACACCAAUUAUUUGCUUUAUCAA